AUGGUAGCGCCUAUGAAAUCCCCAAGAGCCAAAGCAACAGCCUUCAAGCACCAGAUAUCGAGGAACCGCCAAGGCCAAGGGGAAUUGUUUCCGGUGAUGGUGCUGCGGCCGGAAGCAGGACUAACGACAACCGGGCUCGACGAGGAGACCCCUGACACCUCGACAUGCUGGGCCGAGGCAGUGGCUGAGCCAAUGGUACUGGUCCGACUACUGUUCUACAUUGGAGCAGCGUGGACAAUCUGGACGAAAUUUUCGAAGGCAUCAACGGAAGAUGUGGUAGCUGCGCAGGAACAGGCGGCAGCUGCAAGGGAGCAGGCUCCGGAGUACGCCGCUGAGCUCACGGCUUUCAGGGCAGACAUUGUAGCUGCCAGGCAAGAGGCGGCCGCUGCGAAGGAAGAUGCGGCCGCUGCAAGGAAACGGGCCGAGGAAGACCGGAGGGAACUUGCGGUGGCGAUGGAAGGCAUUGAGGCUACACUUGACGUUUGGAGGGAAGACACGGCCACCGAAACGAAGAAGAGGGAGGAGGAUAAUGAAAGGCUGUGGACGAAAUUUUCGAAGGCAUCAACGGAAGAUGUGGUAGCUGCGCAGGAACAGGCGGCAGCUGCAAGGCAGAAGGCUCGGGAGUACGCCGCUGAGCUCACGGAUUUCAGGGCAGACAUUGCAGCUGCAAGACAAGAGGCGGCCGCUGCGGAGGAAGAUGCGGACGCUGCAAGGAAACGGGCCGAGGAAGACCGGAGGGAACUUGCGGCGGCAAUGGAAGGCAUUGAGGCUACACUUGACGUUUGGAGGGAAGACACGGCCACCGAAACGAAGAAGAGGGAGGAGGAUAAUGAAAGGCUGGUGAGGCGACUCGACGUCUUGAGGGUGCUUAUUUGGUAA